CGGCCGUGUGGGACGCGUGUGAUCCGGACACAUCGGGGGAAUAUGGCGCCGAGAUGAAGGAGGAAAAGACGAAUGGCGUUUUAAAGUUUUCCUAAAGGAACGACGGAUUUAGUGCUGAUUAAAUAAAAAAAAAUCUGAGCCGAGACGCGACUGACCGAAAAAGCGCCGUGAUUAAUUCGAUGACAAGUGUGUUUUGAGUCCAGUCCCAACAAGAGACUUUAUCAGACAAAGCCGAGCUGCGAUGGAGAAGCCGGCCUUACAGACACAGCAUUCCAUGCUGCCGUUCUUCGAUACAGCUCAUGCUGUCAACUUGCUGCGCGGCAUUCACGAGCUCCGUGCCGAGCGUAAGUUUUUCGAUGUGACACUAUGCGCCGAGGGAAAGGAGUUCCACUGCCACCGAACAGUUCUGGCCGCUGCCAGUACCUACUUCCGUGCUAUGUUUGCCGGUACGCUCCGUGAGAGCGCUAUGGACAGAGUGGCGCUACACGAGGUCUCGGCUGAGCUGCUCGGCCUCCUCAUAGACUUCUGUUAUACGGGCCGCGUGACGGUCACGUGUGACAACGUGGAUGUGCUGCUCAAGGCAGCUGACCUCUUUCAGUUCCCAUCAGUCAAGGCAGCAUGCUGCGCUUUCCUGGAGCAGCGCCUUGAUGUCUCUAAUUGCCUGGAGAUCCAGGACUUUGCAGAGGCAUAUGCCUGCAGCGAGCUGGCCACCAGCGCCCGGCGCUUUGCGCUCAACAACAUUAUGGAACUGGCCAAGGGCCAGGAGUUUGAGCGUCUGCCCUGGAAGCGCUUGCUUGAACUAGUGUCGGACGAUGCGUUACGUGUGGAUAAGGAGGAAACAGCUUACCAGAUGGCGGCACGCUGGGUCAAGGCCGAUCCACGAAGACGGCUCCAGUACUGGCCCGAGCUCCUGCAGCAGGUCCGUUUGCCCUUCGUUCGCCGCUUCUUCUUGCUUGCCCGCGUUGAGAGCGACCCACUUGUCUAUCUAACACCGGAGUGUCUGCGCCUGGUUGGUGAGGCCCGCAGCUUCCAGUCGGGAGAGUAUGACCGGCAUGACCGCCCCUGCCAGCGCAUGCGCCCUCGUCCUUCCACUGGUCUCGCCGAGAUCCUGGUGGUGGUUGGAGGUUGUGACCAAGACUGUGAUGAGCUUGUGACCGUCGACUGCUUCAACCCACAGACGGGGCAGUGGAGAUACCUGGCUGAGUUUCCUGACCAUCUUGGAGGAGGCUACAGCAUAGCAGCACUAGGCAAUGAUAUGUAUGUCACAGGUGGCUCUGAUGGUUCGCGCCUGUACGACGGUGUGUGGCGCUACAACUCCAGCGUGAACGAAUGGACCGAGGUGUCGCCCAUGCUUAAGGCACGUGAGUACCACAGCUCCUGCGUGCUGAAAGGCCAGCUCUACGUGGUGGCCUCAGACAGCACGGAACGCUACGAUCACGCGCUGGACUGCUGGGAAACACUGGCACCCAUGCUGCACCCUAUGGAUAACUGCUCAACAACAGCAUGCGGUGGGCGUCUCUACGCCACCGGCUCGCUUACCGGUGAUGACGCCAUGGCCAUCCAGUGCUACGAUGCUGACGCUAACCGCUGGAACCUGGUCAACUGCAGCCAGCUGCCUCCCUGGUCCUUCGCUCCCAAAUCGGUGACACUCAACGGGCUCAUCUACUUCGUGAGGGACGACUCUGCGGAAAUCGACACCUACGAUCCACAGAAGAACGAAUGGAACAAGAUUAGCCCAAUGACUCAAGUCCACGUGGGUGGAAGCGUAGCAGUUCUGGGAGGCCGACUCUACGUGUCUGGCGGCUAUGACAACACGUUCGAGCUGUCUGACGUGGUGGAGGUGUACGACCCCGGCGCUCGGACCUGGAGCCUGGCCGGCCGCCUCCCCCAGCCUACCUUCUGGCACGGCAGCGUCAGUAUCUUCCGCCAGUUCAUGCCUCUGGUUCCCAGUACGUUCGAGCCGGUCGAUAUCCCCGAGGCAGACGACAUCCUCCUGCACCGCCACCAUCGCCACCACCAGGCUCUACAAGAGCUCAACAACGAGCUAAACCAGAACCACCGCAAUCGGGAGGUGAACCCGGCACGCUGAUGGUUCUGCCGAACUCCACGCUAAAUAUGCACUUUAUCACAUAUUCACCUCAACCAGAGAGUGGAGGAACGUGAGCGGAGGAACGUGGUCCUUAUUCUCUCCUUGUUUGCCUCUCAAUUCUCAAUACCGUUACGCUUGGGCCGGACGUGUCCGGGAUUUGUGUUUACACCAGCAUAAUUCUCGCCAUAUUACUACUACUAAUAUAAUAUAUGUGUUAAAAUGACAAACGCAGAUAUAGCUGAAAAUAACACUAAUUCGUAAUUCAAUAAGGCACGGUGAUGCUUUAAUUUUAAAAAAAAAAACAUAUAUAAAAAAAAAAGCACUUGAUCUGAGACAUUAGUACAGCCUUUUAUUUAAAGCCAUGUGUUUUUUUUUUAUUCUUUAUUAUUUAUAUAUAUAUAAUCAAGACACCAAGAGCUAAAAUGAAUAUUUAUUUAGCGAAACAUCAGCCAGUAUUCAUAAUUGCAACCAAUUAUUUUCCAGCUUGUACAAUCAACAUUAACAGCAAAAACCUGAGGUAAAUAAACCCAAAUCAUCACCCCAUCCGGGUAAUAAAUGUGAAUAAUAAUACGCAAGUGUAUCAUAAUACACUGUUUAAAGACCAUUAUCUCUAAUACAGUCGUGUGCACGAGCAGUGUGUGUUUAUUUUUAAGAAAUGCUGUUAAUUUGUUAGUCUGAAGAUUUCAGCCUCGAUCAAAUCAAGUCUCAUUUCACUUCCUGUACUUUCUGUACCGUCCCCACUAGUGGACAUCUGCCACUCCCCAAGAAACACUAAACUGGCGACUAGUGAACAGAUUAGUUCACUUAUAACUUUUAGUGUUUAUGAAUGAUUGUGAGGAUUUUUAGUUAUUCCAGAAAAAUUGAGGUUUGUUCAAAAGUAUCAGCCAUUGUAGUUUUUAUUUUUGUUCACAAUCAGUAUUAAAACUAAUUCUUUACAAAAGGAAAAGAAAAUCCCCAUCUUUACUUUACUUAUGUAGAGUAAAUAUUACUCUGGCGGGAAUCAUGCCGGUUAUGUUUUUCCCCCCCAACACACACACACACACUGACCCAAGCCUUGGUACUGGAGCUGUGUACAUUUGCAUUGCAUGUUACCCUGAAAUGCUAGAAAGAGGCUAGUAGACAGUAAAGUCUCAAUAUGAAGUAGUGCCUAGUGAUCCAUACCUUGGGAAAGGAAAAAAAAAAGAAAAGCGAAACAUCACCAUCAUGAUGAUGAUGAUGAUGACGACUGGACAUUUUAUCCAAAAGAUGAAGGUUCGGAUCACUCCAUUAAUAAUAUCGUGCCAAAUUUGGGUUGCACUGUGGAGAAAAAAAUAAGUUGUCCUACUAGACAAUCUAUUAUGCAUGAAUUCCUCACUUUUGUUUUGUUUUGUUUUUUGAUAAGAAGUUUAUUUAUGGAUGUGUAUGUAGGUGUUCGCUUUUUGCCGAGGUGUGAAACAGUAGAUGAAGACGCUGUGUUGUUUUCAUUAUUUGGUUGCUUUCACUAUGCUCUUAAAUAACUGGAAGUAGUAAUUCAGUCUCCUGUCAAUCUCUUCGCGAGCAGACAUCGUGUGUUUCGUUAUUACUAAUGAUGAUAAUUCUGAGUAUGUACUCUAUGCAGAAAUGGUACUUUGUUUUUGCUACUUUAUUUUUCUUACAGAGGUUUGUUUUUUUGUGGCCAAAUUUGUUUUUACCGUCCAGGCCUUGUGUUUUGGUUUGUGUAGUGAUGUCUGUAAGUGUGAUGAAGGAAUAAACUGCAGGCAGGACUGUGGGUUAUUUUGUUUGUUUAAUUAUUUGCAGUUACAUGUUCAGUAACAUAUGCAAUCAUAUCAUCUCAUACAAUAUGUACAUUUCAUUAGUAUUUGCAUAUGAAACAUUGGAAAUAUUGACCUCUAUAUGUGCAAUAUAUAUAUAUAUAUAUAUA